AUGGCCGUAGGCCAUUAUUCAUUCUUCAAGUUCCACAACAACAGCUUCAGUCGGCUGCUUGGCCGGGACAAGCCGCCAUCCCCAAGAUCCUCCGCUGUGCCCACUUUCCCAUCCUCGUUGAAGCCCCCCACGCCCACUGUAAAUCGUACCGCAGGCCGCUAUCCCGCUACCAGCCGCCUACGGGACUCCCUCCCGAAACCCACCACGGCCGGCGACUCAGGCCUCCCUCGCCCCGAUCUCGGCGCGCUCGCCGGUUUUUUUCUUCCCUCUGCAGCGCUAUCUCUAGUGCAUCCAAAGGCUUCUCCAGGGCAUCAAAAGGCUUCCCCAGCGCUUCCCCCGGACAUAUCGUCAAACUCGCGUGGACCCUCCCUCUCUCGUCUUAUCCCCAUAAUCCUCGCCCCCCGUUAA